ACAGGGACCAAUGCCUGCUACAUGGAAGAGAUGCGGAACGUGGGCACUGUGGAGGGGGACCAGGGCCGCAUGUGCAUCAACAUGGAGUGGGGGGCCUUCGGGGACAACGGCUGCCUGGAUGACAUCUUCACCAUCUUUGACCAGCUGGUGGAUGAGAAAACAGUCAACGCGGGCAAGCAGAGGUUUGAGAAGCUUAUCAGCGGCAUGUACCUGGGUGAGAUCGUGCGCCACAUCCUACUGUCACUGGUGGAGAAACAGCUCCUGUUCUGCGGCAAGCCCUGCCCCAAGCUCCAGACCAGGGACAUCUUCCAGACCAAGUUCCUCUCCACCAUUGAGAUCGAUGGGCUGGCCCUGCGGCAGGUACGAGCCAUCCUGCAGGACCUGGAGCUCCAGGCCAGCUUUGAGGACAGCACGCUGGUGCGGGAGGUGUGCCAGACCGUCUCCCUGCGGGCAGCCCAGCUCUGUGCUGCUGGCCUGGCUGCUGUGGUGGAGAAGAUGCGGGAGAACCGGGGCCUGGACCAGCUGUCUGUUACUGUGGGGGUAGACGGCACCUUGUACAAGAUGCACCCGCA